AAAUAUAUGAAUGGUAUAGAUAUAUUAGUUGCUUUUGCUUAUAUACAAAAUCAACGUUUCAAUGCACUUAUAUUUCAAUGUCGACGAUUUUAUUUUAAUUUUUUUCAUUGUCGAAAAGAUUACUUUCAUUUUUGUCUUGAUCUUUUACCAACUUAUAUUGAAAGAAUAGAAAUAUUAAUUUUAUCUGAACAAAAUACACCUGGUCAAAUUUAUGCAUUUUUAUCUUUUUUUCCAUUAUUUUCUAUAUUUAAACGACUUCGUAAACUUUAUUUUGAAUUAAAUGGUCAAAAUAUAGAUUGGUUAAUAGUUCAACGAGCUAUUCAUUCAUUAUCUCAUACAUCUAUUGAUACAAUUAUUUUUAAAACAAUGAAAACAGAUAAUAUGCUAACAUUAAAUUAUGUUAUUAGUGAUAUAUUUAAAUUAAAAACAAUUAAACAUAUUAUUUUAAUUAGUGAUUUUCAACAUAAUCAAUGGAAUUUUUUAUCUAAUAUUUCAUCAACAGUUGAAUAUUUAACUAAUUUUGAUAUGUCAUGUGAAUUUCAAUAUUUACAAUCAAUUUUUCAAUGUACUCCUCAUCUUAAAUAUCUUAAUAUACGACUUACAUUAAAUUCAUAUUAUGGUUUUUAUUAUUUAUCACAUUCUUCGAAUAAUAAUAUUAUAUUAAUGUCUAAUCUUCAUACUCUUAUAUUAUCUUUUCAAUCAAAUGAUCCGACAACAUUUGAUAUGUUAGCACAAUAUCUUAAAGCUAUGCCUGUUUUACAUCGUUUAGAAAUCAAAGCACAUAACGCACUUCUAGAGGCAAGUGCUUGGGAGUCUUUAUUACAAGUAUCAUUACCUUUGCUAACUAAUUUUAGUCUCAAGACAACAACAUUUUGUCUAAAUGAAGCUGAUAUUGAAAAGAUCCUAGCAACAUUUGAUACAUCAUUCUGGAGAGCAAAGAAAAAUUUUUAUAUGAUGAUAACAAAACAUGAAUAUUCAAAUUCGAAUAGAUUUGAUAUAGGAAAUAUACAACAAGAUGAAUAUAAUCAACCAGUUAUACAAUUUUGGAUAGUACCUAAACGUGCUCGUAUUGAUGAUAUUCCUACGAAUGAAAUUAUGAAUUUUGGUAUAUCUAAUGUAACUAGUUCUUUAUCAAAUGAUUACCAUUUCAAGAAUCUUAAACAUCUUGUAAUUUAUAAUCUAGAUAAAGAUCUUCUCCAAUGGUUUGUAACAUAUGUGAAUUAUUCACAAAUUCAAUAUCUUGAUAUUUCAUUACAAGACAAUGAAUCUAAUACAAUUACUUUACUCUUAUCAUAUAUUAGAAAUAUAAUAUCACUUCGAAUUCCAUAUAAACUUUUACUUAAUCAUCAAAAAGUUUAUUUAGGAAAAACUAAUUAUUUAAAAUAUCUUGAUAUAUCUGUUGAUGAACAUUAUUUUGAUGAAAAAGAUAUUAUUACUAUUUCACAAUUAUUUCCGUACAUAGAACAUUUAACAAUUAAUACAAUAAAAUUAUCGAAUAUUCCAUUAAUAAAGACUUAUUUAUUACAUCUUCGUUGUCUUACAUUUAAAUGUAUUAAUUUUUCAUUUUCAUCUUAUGAUAAUUAUGAACGAAAAUUAUGGGAUGAUCAAUUACGACGAAAAGUUCAAUUCUUAUUUGAACGUAAAGCAGAUUCGAUAACAAUUUGGACUGAUCAAGAUACAUUCGAAGAAUCUUACUGGGGAAAAUUUAAUUGA